CCCACCCCCCCCAUGGACAUGCUGGACCCGGGUCUGGAUCCUGCUGCCUCGGCUACCGCUGCUGCUGCCGCCGCCAGUCACGACAAGGGACCCGAGGCAGAGGAGGGCGUCGAGCUGCAGGAAGGCGGGGACGGCCCUGGGGCGGAGGAGCAGACGGCGGUGGCCAUCGCCAGCGUCCAGCAGGCGGCGUUCGGCGACCACAACAUCCAGUACCAAUUCCGCACAGAGAAUAAUGGAGGACAGGUGACAUACCGCGUAGUCCAGGUGACUGAUGGUCAGCUGGACGGCCAGGGCGACACGGCAGGCGCCGUCAGCGUCGUGUCUACGGCUGCCUUCGCGGGGGGGCAGCAGGCUGUGACCCAGGUGGGUGUGGAUGGGGCCACCCAGCGCCCCGGCCCCGCUGCUGCCUCUGUGCCCCCAGGUCCCGCAGCGCCCUUCCCACUGGCUGUAAUCCAAAAUCCCUUCAGCAAUGGUGGCAGCCCGGCAGCUGAGGCUGUCAGUGGGGAGGCACGAUUUGCCUAUUUCCCAGCGUCCAGUGUGGGAGAUACCACGGCUGUGUCCGUACAGACCACAGACCAGAGCUUGCAGGCUGGAGGCCAGUUCUAUGUCAUGAUGACGCCCCAGGAUGUGCUUCAGACAGGAACGCAGAGGACAAUUGCACCCCGGACACACCCCUACUCCCCGAAAAUCGACGGAACCAGGACACCACGGGAUGAGAGAAGGAGAGCUCAACAUAAUGAAGUGGAGCGGAGGCGGAGGGACAAGAUCAACAACUGGAUCGUCCAGCUUUCAAAAAUCAUUCCAGAUUGUAAUGCAGAUAAUAGCAAGACAGGAGCGAGUAAAGGAGGGAUCCUGUCGAAGGCCUGCGACUACAUCCGGGAGCUGCGCCAGACCAACCAGCGCAUGCAGGAGACCUUCAAGGAGGCCGAGCGGCUGCAGAUGGACAAUGAGCUCCUGAGGCAGCAGAUCGAGGAGCUGAAGAACGAGAACGCCGUGCUCCGCGCCCAGCUGCAGCAGCACAACCUGGAGAUGGUGGGCGAGAGCGCCCGGCAGUGACGCCCUCACCCCGUCGGCGGGGGCCGCCUCCGGGCCCCUGCCGUCCCUUUCCCCAGCCCUUAGCACAGAGAGGGACAGACGCCCCUCCCCCAGCUGCGUUUUUUUAUAGUAGAUUUUUAACAAAAAACGGGGAGAAAUAAUGCAUUUCUGUGGAUAAGCACCCACUGCUCUCCUCAACUUGGAAACAAUAUCCUCCCUGCCCGUCUGUCUGUCUCCCUUCUCCCGGCCCCCACUCAGCCCUGGCACUUCUAGUGGUCUCACCUGGAGGCAAGAGGGAGGAGGACAGAGCCCCUGCCAUACCCCACUGCCUCCUUGGACUCUAGAGGUACUGAGACAGGGUGCUUAUGGGAAGGAGGGGAGCCUUUGGGGGGCCAGCCCUGGGGCCUGGACCUAAGCAGGGAGGCCAUGUCCCACCCCACCUCUUGUUUCUGGAACCCUGCUCCCCUUUGGGUGUGUGAGUGUGUUCUAAUUUUCUUUAUGGAAAAAAUGGACAAAAAAAUAGAGAGAGAGAGAAGUAUUUAACUGCAAUAAACUGGCCCCAUGUGGCCCCGCCUUGUC